AUGACUUCAUCCAACCUCAAAGUGCCCCAGACGGGGGACAGGUCGGCCUCGAGUGCCUCAACACUCCAUGGCGAGCCCUCGUCCCUUCACGAGAAGGACGCCGUCAACGGUUCGGUAGCACGAGACUCUGCGUCCAUCGUCACAGGCAAAGCCGAGGCCAACAUCACGACCCCGGAGUCAGAAGACGGCAUUGAAUACCCAACCGGUAUCAAGAUGGCCUUCAUCGUCGUCGCGCUGGUCCUGAGCAUCUUCCUGCUCUCCCUCGACAUGACAAUUGUGGCCACUGCCAUCCCCAAGAUCACCGACGAGUUCCAGGGUCUCGAAAAGGUCGGGUGGUACGGAGCCGCCUUCUUCAUGACGGUCGGGGCCUUCCAGUCGACCUGGGGCAAGAUAUACAAGUUCUUCCCCCUCAAGACGUCCUUCCUCAUCGCCAUCCUCAUCUUCGAGAUCGGGUCCACGAUCUGCGGCGCGGCUCCCAACGCCAACACGCUCAUUGCCGGACGUGCCAUUGCGGGUGUCGGCGCCGCUGGGCUGGGUGCCGGUGCGUACACCAUCAUUGGCUUUUCGGCGCCGCCGGCGAAGAGGCCUGCCUUCACUGGCAUUCUGGGCGCCGCGUACGGUGCGGGCAGUGUCAUCGGGCCCCUCCUGGGUGGUGCCUUUACUGACAACGUCUCGUGGCGCUGGUGCUUUUACAUCAACCUGCCAAUUGGCGCCGUCUCGGCCGCCGUCAUCUUCUUCUUCUUCCAGACACCCAAGCAGGCCAAGCCCGAGGAGGCGCCCCUGAAGGAGAAGUUCCUCCAGAUGGACCUCCCCGGCGUCGCGCUCGUCAUGGGCGCCACCAUCGCCUACCUCCUCGCCGUGCAGUACGGCGGCGUCGCAUACGCGUGGAACUCGUCCGUCGUCAUCGGCCUGCUCGUCGGCUUCGUGCUCAUGGUCGGCGUGUGGGCCGCUCUGCAGUGGCUCCAGGGCGAGCGAGCCAUGAUCUCGCCCCGUCUGGCUAGGAGCCGGACCAACUUUGUCAUGUCCGCGUAUGCCUUCAUCUUUGCCGGUGGCUUCUUCGGCGCCAUCUACUACAUCCCCAUCUACUUUCAGUCCGUGCACAACACCUCGCCCACCAUGUCGGGCGUGCGCAACCUGCCCAUGAUCAUUUCGGUCACCAUCGGCACCAUUGUCAGCGGCGUGCUGAUCUCGGCCAAGGGCUACUACCAGCCUCUGCUGCUAGGCGGCGGUGCCGUGGCGACCAUUGGCGCCGGGCUGCUCUAUACGCUCAACAUCCAUUCCACCACGGGCGAGUGGAUCGGCUACCAGAUUCUCGCUGGUGUCGGAUGGGGUGUCGCCUUCCAAGUCCCCAUGAUUGCGGUGCAGGGAAAUGCCGAGCCCAGGGACCUCGCGUCUGCCACGGGCAUGCUUCUGUUCUUCCAAGGCCUUGGUGGCGCAUACUUUGUCUCGGGCGCCCAGGCAGCCUUCCUGAACCAGAUGGUCGCACACGUCGUGUCGCGAGUCCCGGAUAUCGACAGAGCGACGCUCAUCCUCACAGGCGCAACCGAGAUCCGUCAUCGCUUCCCUGUCGAGCUACAGGGUGAUGUGAUUGACGGCUACAUGGCGGGCCUCAAGGUCGUAUUCGCCAUGUGUAUUGCCGCGACUGGCGUCGCUACCCUGGUGGGCCUGGGUACGCGGUGGAACAAGCUGGGCCCAGGCGCGGCUUCUGGCGGCAUGGCCUGA